AACAGACUUUGGCUCGCCCAUUCUUUGCGAUCUCUUACCUCGACCUACCUUGACCUGCCUUCACCUACGAAUCGGGUACACAUGAAAUAUUCAGAGACUAGUAAGACCUUGGCGAAAACUUUGCGUACCUGGAGUGCCUUCGCGCGUACAUCGAAUAGACCGAAACUCGUUCAACAACAAUAUGCUCGAUCACUACCGAACUCUCGAGGUGGACCCUUCAGCGGACCUUGCAGCAAUCAAGAAAGCAUACCAUAAUAUCUCCCUAUUAUGUCACCCCGAUAAGACAUAUCACCUAUCAGCAACAGAGCGUACCAAGCGCGAGCACUUGUUCAAGCUUGCUAGUGUUGCCUUUGAGGUCCUCUCCGAUCCAAAAGAGCGCAGGACAUAUGAUGAAGCUCGAGUCGAGACACAGUCGUCGCAAGGCUACCAACCUCAUACGCCGCCGCAGUACAGCAAUCAAUCUUCAUCUCCACCUCGCUCGUCCUCCACUAGGUCUAGAGAUGCCCAGGGCUCCGAGGGCAUUCGACGCGCGCCACUGAGCACUCAUCGGUUCUCUAUAAGCACCCUCGGGACGGCGCCAGACUUCAACUGGUAUCACUGCGCACUCAGUGAACGGUGUGAUCUUACAUCACUUACCUAUAGCAACUGGCUUGGUUGGAAAUUUUCGAUCCAAAUCGCAAACCACUUCGAGGUGGUGUCCGAGCCAAUCAUUCCAGAGAAACCUGUGAUGAACUCCAUCACUAUUCGUUUAGCUAUCCUACGAAGGCCAAAGUCAAAUGCACGUGCAUCCACUGACAUCGUUGUGGAGAUGAGAGGCACACCUGGUUCCAAACACACAAUCCUAUCUUCCGCGCUUAUUGAGACGACCGAGGAUCUGGAACUAGUCGUGGAUAUUGCCAUUGCACCCGAAGAUGUACAGAAACAUGUUUUAGGGCCGUCCUCAUGGAAGUGGGCUUAUGAUAUCGACCAUAACGUUACCACGCUUGAACCAAAGUCCAAGAUCAAAGUCACCAGUCUAAUAUUUCACCCAUCCAGGCCAUCUAUGGCCAUUUCACCAUCUGGAGGAAUGCCAGGGAUUCCUUACCCUUGUGGAUCGCCUAUGUACAGCUUAGUUGAUCUGUUUCCGGGCCUGAUCAUCGAAUUGUUGGCCGCAGAUACCUACUGCAAAGAGGAGACGCAGUCUGGGAUAACAUUCUGGCGACUGACCGCAUUUGGUCACACAUAGCCUUCAAUCAUAAGGGCUUGCUUUAGGGAAUCACUCGUGCCUCUCAUUUAGAACCUUCAGUUAGAUCGAGAUGAUUCGAACUAGCACAAAGAGUUUCGACAUCUUCAGAUGUAU